UACGCUUUGCAUCUAGGUUCGCAACAGUGUACCUAACAUGCGCGACAAAACGUAAGGUUUAGCACUUCAAACGUUACGCUUAGGUCACGCUAGGUGUGUGGUUCCGCCACAAAGCACAUUUGCGCGUAUAAGAUUGUGUGAUCACAGCCGCUUCCUGAUCUCCCCCGUCCCCUUCCCCGCCUUUUUUUUUUCUUCUCCCGCUGAGUAUUUGCUUUUGUCCGGUUCAGCGUAGACAGCGAAGCUUCUGCAGUUGACUAAAUGAUCUUGUUUUGAUAUGAUAGUUCAGCAUUUUUGUUUUUAGAAGCGCUAGCUGAUUUUCUAAUCUUUAAAGAAUUUCUGCGCAACCUGUGGAACGUCGUCGCGCAUGAGGCUGGAAAAGCUUGAUAAUCACCGACAAGUCAGAACAAGCCCACUGACGCUGUUUUGGUGUCCUAAAGCGAUCCUGUUUCUCUGGCCAUAAUUCUCGGCCGAUUUCACGAAGUAGCCUCACUGUUUGAGCGGACUUGCGAGCACCGACCUGUAAGAAAUUAUUCUGCACUUCAACUCAACUAGGAAGUAAUUUCUUACUCCGGCACCAUAUCGACAGAAUUUCUUUCAACGUACGACUCCGUUAGUUUGUACAAGCGAGCCACCACGCAUCAUUCGCCAGAGGAAACGUCGAAGUCGAAUAUGACCAGCGGAGACGAAGCGGAAACGAGACCCAUGCGGACGCACGUUCGCGACUUCCAGUGCGGCCUCGGUUCGUGGCGUCCAAAGUGGCUGCAAACGUUCGCGUCGCCGAGGUGCCUGUUCUUCUUCCUCAACCUACUGGCGAUGUGUCAGUCGGCCUACAAGGCUUACACCAUGGGGUCCCUGUCGACGCUGGAGCGCCGGUUCAGCCUGUCCUCCAAGUCGAUCGCCAUCAUCCUCGUCGCCGAAAGCAUCAGUCCCAUAUUCUUCGACAUUCCGCUGGGCUACGUCGCCAGCUGGAUCAGCCGGCCGAAGCUUCUCUCGCUGGGCAUGAUGGUCGUCGGGUGCAGUUCCUUGGCCGUGGCCCUGCCUUACGUCAUCUUCGGGCCGGCGACCCAUCUGCUCGCCGACGAAGGCGAGCGCAGACAGCCGGCGGACUUUGCCAGCCUCGAGUUCUGCGGUGCUGCUGGAGGCGGCGGUGGGUUGACCGUGAGUCCCGACUGCACGACCCAGAUAGCGGAGAGUUACCUGCCGUUCAUAAUUCUGUUCGUGGCGUCCUUUUUGAAUGGAUUCGGUCAGAGCGUCCUCCAUGUAGCCGGGAGCAGCUACAUCGACGACAGUGUCAAGAAAAAGAGUUCACCGUUGUAUUUCGGAGCAAGCUUCGCUCUCAGAUCCAUUGGACCUGCACUGGGCUUUCUUGGCGCCAGUCUGAGCCUCUCUUUUUAUGAAGACCCUUUCCUGAGUCCCGACAUCCCAACGACGGACCCGCGAUGGAUAGGCUGCUGGUGGCUGGGCUACGUGUUCUGGGGCUGCCUGCUACUCCUGGCCAGCGUACCGGUGCUGCUAUUUCCCAAGGUGAUGCCGGCCCGGCUGCCCGACCCGCCGCUGGUUUUCAAGAAACGCGCCGAUUCCAGCCACCUUUCGGAGAUCGGCAAGUCGCUGUCCCGGCUGCUGCGCAAGCGCGUCUACGUACUCCAGCUGUUCGUGUCUAUGCUGAUGGUGAGCGGACUGCAAGGCUACACAAUGUUCUCGGCCAAGUACAUGGAGGUGCAGUUCCGAAACUCAGCGGCCCGAGCGAGCGCGUUCGCUGGGCUGGUAUCAUCCGUAUUCAACACUGCGAGUUUCCUGGUCUCCGGUUUGCUGAUACACCGCCUGAGGCCGGCACCCCGGGUGCUGGCCUGGUACAACGUGGUCGUCAUCUUCGCCGUCUCCUGCGGCUUUGCUGUGGCGAUGCUCAUCAAGUGCGAGUACGGCACCAUGCCAGGAGUUUCGCUCGUCCAGGGAAAGCUUGACCUCUACAACCAGUGCAACGACCAGUGUGACUGCACUCUUCAGAGCUACCAGCCUGUGUGCGAACCUGUAGGGGGCACCGUGUACUUUUCACCCUGCUUUGCUGGCUGCCAAAUGCCGGCCGGUGAGUUCGGAGCCAACCUCACUAAGCUUACUAAUUGCGACUGCCUCAAAACGUUCGACGACAGCGACUUCUUCUCUGGCAACGCCGUGGUGGGCUUCUGCAAGGGAACCUGUCCCAUGUUUGUGCAGUUCAUCAUUAUAGUCUCACUCGUCCAAUUCAUGGGCAUGUCCACGUCCGUGAGCCACACACUCUUCAUGCUGCGGAGCAUAAGUCCCAGCGACAAGACCAUCGCUCUUGGACUUGCAAAUGCGCUGGCAAAUCUGCUCUCGUACAUCCCUUACCCGCUCAUCUACGGUGCCGUGAUCGACGGGUCGUGCCAGGUGUGGGAAAGCGCCUGCGGGACCAGCGGCAACUGCUGGCUCUACGACCUGGGACGGCUGCGGCAUUCCUACCUGGGCACGUCGGCUGGCUUCCUCUUCAUGUCCGGGCUCUUCUCAAUCGCCGUGGCGGCUGUGGCGGGCGAUCUGAAGGACUUCUACGGAGAAACCUACCUACAGGUCCCAAACUUCGGGGCGCCAGAGUGCGAGCCUCCCAGGAACGGCGUCACAAAGCAGAAAAAAGCGGACGUCAAGCGAGGACCGAAGGGACUCAUCCGCAACUGACCGCCGACGUCUGCCCAGAAGCCCCGCCGACUGUGGCAGUUAGUGAACUGCCAUGGCAUGAACUAUGAUGACAUGAACUGUCAUGAAGGGCGAUAACAUGAACUGUCAUGGGUGUUCACUUUGUGAACUGUGAUGUCAAAGUACAGGGAAUAAGGGCUAUAAUUGAUUUUGCGCAUCGGGACGCUUCGGCGGAGGGCGUCCCUAUGAGGACGACAGCGGUGCGGAAAUACCGGAGCGUAGACUUCUAUAGCUGCGCAUUCUGUUCAAGGCAUUGUCUAGGAAAUCGUUUUCUAUUUUCGGGGCCGUUAAGAUCAUAAACCGGUGUCGUGGCUGGCA